GCCAUACAGGUAAAAAAGCACAUUCUUGCGAAUGUUGCUCAAAAUCAUUUUCUCGAUCUUCAGACCUAAAGGCACAUAUGUCAUUACAUACUGGUGAGAAGACAUAUGCGUGUGAAUAUUGUCCAAAGGAAUUUUACAAAGCUUCGGUGUUGAAGACACAUUUGAGAGUUCAUAGUGGGGAAAAGCCAUAUCCGUGUACGUAUUGUUCAAAGGCAUUUUCGGACUCUUCAAAUUUAAAAAGACACUUGAGGACUCAUACUGGCGAAAAGCCAUAUGCAUGUCAACAUUGUUCGCAAUCAUUUUCUGCCGCAUCAACAUUAAAAGAUCAUCAAAAUGUCCAUACCGGCGCAAAACCCCAUUCGUGCGCAUGUUGUGCCAAGGCAUUUUCACGACCUUCAGACUUAAAGACGCAUAUGAAAUUGCAUCUUGGCGUCAAGCCGUAUAUGUGUGAAUUAUGUCCAAGAGCAUUUUUUAAGCCUUCAGUGUUGAAAACACAUAUGAGAAUUCAUAGUGGCGAAAAGCCGUAUAACUGUAAAUACUGCUCGAAGACAUUUUCGGACUCUUCAAAUUUGAACAGGCAUUUGAAAGUUCAUACUGUCGAAAAAUCGUUUUCGUGUGAUUAUUGUACGAAGACGUUUCACGAUGCCUUAGCGUUGGAGACUCAUUUGAGAAUUCAUACUGGCGAAAAGCCAUACAUCUGUGAGUAUUGUCCGAAGACAUUUUAUGCUGCUUCAGCCUUAAAGACACACUUGAGGAUACAUACUGACAAUAAUCCCUAUUCCUGUGAGUAUUGUUUCAAGAUAUUUUCCAAUGCGCCCGACUUAAGAAGGCAUUUGAGAGUCCAUACUGGCGAAAAGCCGUAUUCUUGUCCACACUGCUCAAACUCGUUUUCUCACUCUACAGGCUUGAAGUCUCAUUUAAGAGUCCACACUGGAGAAAUAAAAUUUUCGUGUGAAUAUUGCUCAAAGUCAUUUACAAGCGCUUCCUCGUUAAAAACGCAUAAGAGAAUUCAUUCUGGCGAAAAACCGUUUUCGUGUGAACAUUGCUCGAAAACGUUUUAUCGAUCCUCGAACUUAGUCGCCCAUACGAAAGUUCAUACUGGUGACAAACCUUUUUCAUGCAACUCUUGUUUUAAGACCUUUUCUCAAUCUUCAGACUUAAAGAUACAUAUCAGGCUGCAUACUGGUGAAAAACCAUAUUCGUGUCAGUGCUGUUCAAAAGCAUUUUCUAACGUAUCAAACUUAAAAAAGCAUUUGAGAACUCAUACUGGCGAGAAGCCAUAUUCUUGUGAUUGCUGUUCAAAGGCGUUUUCUCGUAGAGGACUCUUGAUGAGCCACAUGAAAAGCCAUACGAGCGAGACGAGCCACGUCAUUAGCCAUGCGAGUGAGACGAACCGCAUGAAUGGCCACAAGAGCGAGACGAGCCAUAUGAAUAGCCAUGAGAGUGAAACGUGAUUAGCAAUGCGAACGAGACGAAUCACGUGAUAAGCCAUGCAAGUGAGACGAACCGCAUGAAUGGCCACGAGAGCGAGACGAGCCAUAUGAAUAGCCAUGAGAGUGAAACGUGAUUAGCAAUGCGAACGAGACGAAUCACGUGAUAAGCCAUGCGAGUGAGACAAACCAUUGUGAAAAGAUACAAUGGAGGGAGUGAAGAUUUUAAUUCGUGAAGCGAAGCUCCUAAGUCACAUGAUAGAUUUUAAAGAAAGCAUUGGAAGAAAUCAGGUGUCUUUCGCUAGCUUCACGCAAAACAUGCCUACCAUUCGUCGUUCGUAAGUCACGUGAUUUGGCGUCAUUGCCUCCGCUUUUGCUAAGCAAAUGAUUGGACUUGCUCCCUCCAUUUACUAACUCCUGCUCUAAGAGAGGAACAGCAUGAGAGUGAGAUAAGCCACGAAAUAAGCCAUGCGAGGAGAUGAACCACAAGAACAUCCAGGCGAUCAAGACGAACCACGUCAUAAGCCAUGCGAAAGAUACAACUGUGUUUGAGGGAAAUUUCUGGAUAGUUACUUCAUGUCAGAAACCAGUGUUGUUGUGACAGAAUGUUUCCUAUUUAUGUUGUAAGCUUUUUUUUCCAAGAAGAAUGUUUCAUUUUCAAAAGUUUUCGAACUAUUUUUAU